GAAGAUUUGGGCAAGUCUCGACGACUUCCCUGCUAGGCUCUGUGGGUUUAUUCCCUCUCUAGUUUUGGGCCUUGGUGUCCACAUGGCUAGGAGCCCGCCAAUGUUUUGCAGCAUUUUUAGAAAAUGACACAUGACACAUUUAGAUUGUGUCACAUGAUGCAUGACGCAUGAUUGGUCUUCAAAUCCUUCAAGCGCGCUUUCUCUUCUGGGAUCAACUGCUCCAAGAUCCGUAUUGUUCGUCAAAUGGCGCACCCAUUGCAAGUUCUGCGACGUCCUGCGUGCCUGGUCCACGAGCAUUCUUAUCAUCCUCACCAUCUUCGGAAACAAGGAACUCGAGAAGCAAUCAACGUUUACACUGCGAGGACUCUAGAGUUGUCAUUGGCAUAAACAGUACCGUCCCGAUCAGGUGGCAUAGCAUAGGCAGAGCCAAGUGCGGAGCAUUCUCCCAUCGCAUUUACGGCUUCUCCGGCCUGGGGCAAUCAAUGGGACAGAUCAACGGGACAGAUCCGACUCUGGAUCCAGAGUAUGCCAAGGUGUUGAGGCAGCAGUGCCCACAACAUGCUCACCUGAACACGGUGUUCCUGGACCCGUCAGGCUGCUUUUCCGGACAGACCUCGAAGUAUCCCUCGGAGGCCGUGAAGGACAAAAGAGGCGUGCUCCCCUCCGAUGCAGCCAAAUUUGGCCAAAUGUGCCAAGAAUACCCAAGAAGCGAAAACCUCAAAUAUGUAUACAUUUGUACCAAGAGCAUCACAAAAAUUGCCAAUAAUAUACAAGUAACAAAAGUCUCUAAUCCUUAUCCCUUCCAUUUAUAACAAGCAUAUUAGUCACAGAACAUCGGAAGAGAUACGCCAUUGAUGUCAUCAAAACUUGACCGCAUUUGAUAAUUACAUAUGGC